AUGUCAAAUUUCCUGGUGCGCCUUGACAUUCGUGUUUCUCUCUUUCCUCGUUGUCCAGCUCAAUUCCUGUAUUCUGCCUUGAGGGCGCGUUUGCAGAACGUGGUGCUUGAGCUGCAAAGAGCUACAAAGAGCAUUGAGCCUGCCACUUUCGACAGUUCUCGAUAUCAGCAAACGCCUCACACAAUGUUCGAAAACUUUCAUCAAACAUAUCGUAACCAGGAAGAUGCACCAUUUGAAUACAUCAAACUUCUCGGUCGCGGCUCUGGCGGCACAGUGGACGAGGUACGACACAGGACCACCAAGGAUAUUUAUGCGCGGAAAUGCAUCAAUCUACCACCCCAAGCCAAGUCCACAUCAAAACAAGAGUGGCGUGCGGCAAAGAUGAAAAAGAUUGAAGAGGAGGCCCGCAUAAUCCGACGCCUACGCAAUAACCCUCACAUAGUGGAAGUCGUGGGAACUUAUGAGACUACUGACGGGUAUCGGCCUCUUUUCUGUAUCAUUCUUCUGCCCCUAGCUGAGAGGGACCUUGGAGACAUGAUUACCCAUGUUGCACAGCUACAAGAAGGGGAGGAGAAGAAUGACGCUAUACGGACUAUGAGGCAUUGGGGUGCAUGUCUCGUGCGCGCGACGAAUUACAUGCAUGAGAGGCGUGUCAAACAUAAAGACAUCAAGCCAGGCAACAUACUCGUUCGCGGUGAGGAGAUAUGGAUCACCGACUUCGGGAUUGCCAAGGAAUUCUUGGACCAAAACUCAGAAAGCGUCGCCACACACGUUGAAGGCACCCUGACAUACUGUCCACCAGAAGCCCUGAAUAACAAGCGACGUGGCCGAGCGUCUGACAUGUUCUCACUCGGCUGCUGCUUCCUCGAAAUGGCUACCGUAAUGAUCACCGAUGGGAAACUCGAGGACCUGAAGCAGCUGAGAAAAGGCAAACCAUAUGCCGAAUCGGAACAAGUCAUCUUACGCUGGAUAUUCUAUCUCUUCAGUGUACUAGCCGCUCGAAACCUUCGCAUCGCGCAAACAACCGGCUUCCAAGAUUCCAUGUCGAGUACGUCAAGCGACGCCAUAGUCGUUCGCCACGCGGUCCUGUUACCCGCGUUUGCCUUCGUAAUGAUGGACCCAAACUCCGCCCAAAGAAUCACAGCACGACAGCUGGUCAUACUAAUAUCCGUCUUCCAGGAAGACAUGUAUUGUGCGAAGUGCAAGGUAGGCGUGCCUAAGGAGGACCCAAUGCAUGGGUUGCACUCUAAGUUCAAAUCUCGGAAGGAAUCUCCAGAACUAGAGUAUCCUCCGAAUCCUGAAGAUGUAUUGAAGCCAGGUUUCCCAGUACCCGUUGAUUGGGAGGCCGCGAAGAGGGAUUGGCUGAAAGAACAUAUUGUCCUUUCUUUGUUUCGUCCCACCUGUUCUUUAUUUCCUUUUUCCCCCAAACCCAUAGAAGGCACAGUCCAUAACGCCGACUCGAAUUUCCGCGAUACUUUACCACCCAAGUGCGGCCGAUCUACCUCAAAAUUCUACUUCAGCCGACUCGCAGGGAGCAUACGCGUUGAGAAAGCACUGCUCGUAUUAGCUGUCUUGCAAGAAACUAUCAAAAUAGGGCAGGCAAUACACCAGAAGAUAGGCCGAACUCACUCUUCCGUUAGGGAAUUGAUUGAACGAAUCGCUGUCCUUCAGAAUAGGGCCCCAUCUUCGUCCUGCGUCUCGCUGCAUCCGGCUGCUCAUUAUUGUCCAUUCCAGUCCCAAAUAGACGCAUCCAAGAGUGUAAAUGUCCGUCCCGAAUUCGUCUUCGGGUGUUCCAAACGUAUCUUGAUCUUUCCUGCUGCCUCGUGUAAAAAAAAUCCUACUCUAUCGUCUCCUCACCUCUUGCUCCGCGUUGGUGGCAUCAGACUUGCUUUCUCUAGCUUGCGCUGUUGCUUGUCUUCCCAAACCGGCAACACAAUCCACAAUUAG